AUGGGUAGAGAAAACGUCGAAUUCAAGACCGCGGACCGGGUCACCUUGAGAGGAUGGUUCUACACCAGCGACUCGGCUUCCGGGAAAGCACCAUGCCUCGUCAUGUCCCACGGCUUCACGGCCCUCAAGGAAAUGGACCUUGACGCCUUCGCCGAAUAUUUCGUGUCCAAGCUGCCCAUCACUUGCCUGGUAUACGACAAUCGCGGCUUUGGUGACAGCGAUGCGGCCGAGGGGGAACCCCGGAGUGAGAUCAUCCCAAUGACUCAAUGUAGCGACAUUUCCGAUGCCAUCACCUAUGCUUCGACAAGGCCUGAAGUCGACCCGGACAAGAUUGGAAUCUGGGGUUCGUCAUACAGUGGCGGCCACGUGCUCUACGUCGGGGCCGUCGAUCGAAGAGUCAAAGCCGUCCUCAGCCAGGUUCCUUGCGUCAGUGGAUGGGACAACUUCAGUCGUCUUGUGCGUCCAGAUUUUGCGGUCGGAUUCAAUGCGACCUUUGCUGCAGACCGCAUUGCUCGAGCUGAGGGAAAGGAGCCUGGAAUGGUUCCUGUGGUGGACGCCGAUCCUUUGAAGCCGUCCGCUCUGCCUACGCCAGACAGCUACGAAUUCUUUUCCGCUUGGGAGAAGAAGUCUCAGUGGAAGAAUGAAUGCACCGUCAAGACCGUCGAACUCUUCCGCGCUUAUGAACCACAGCAACUCAUUGACAAGAUCGCGCCGACGCCGCUCCUUAUGACGGUCGCAAGCGGGGAUGUGCUUACGCCAUCAGACCUUGCUCUCGGGGCUUACGCACGCGCAAAGGAGCCCAAGCAAUUGCAGCUUUUGCCUUGUGGGCAUUUUGAGGCGUAUUCCGGCCCGUACUUUGAGAGGAAUGCUGGAACUCAAACUGAAUUCCUCAAGAAGUGGCUGGUGGAAGGUGGAUGA